AGCCUUCUAGCAUCAGUGAACUGUGGCAGUAACCCGGCAGCUGUCAUCAUCUGUCAAAGUUGAUACCAUACCACGACGUAUGCACAUGAAACACUACCUACCUGCAGGACCUCAAGCACCGCUUCAAUUUUCACCAAGCAAUCAGAGGGACUCUAAUCCGAAUAAGUUAGAUUUUCUCUCAGAAAACCGACCAUCACAAGGACUUGGAUUGAAUUAUUUUGCUCAUCUGACUUUCAAAACGUGUGGCUAUAAAUCAUGGAGCACUAAAAUGGAGAGGAAGAAAAAGGUGUUAGUGUUCGAAAUUUGUGGAAGCAUGAUGUGGGAUGGAUAGAAAAAGUGCAACCUCUACAAUGGCCUCUAAUGACCCCAACCCUCUUGACCCCCCUGGGACCCCCCAGCCUGGUGACCUCAUUGAGAUCUUCAGACCGGCCUAUCAGCACUGGGCUCUGUACCUGGGAGAUGGUUAUAUCAUCAACUUGACACCUGUUGAUGAGAGUCAGGCUGCAGCCAUCUCCAGUGUGAAGUCAGUGUUCAGUCGGAAGGCAGUGGUCCGAAUGCAACUUCUAAAGGAAGUGGUUGGAGACGACUCGUACCGGGUCAACAACAAAUACGACGACGACCGCACUCCAUUGCCCGUCGAUGACAUCAUUCAGCGAUCUCAAGACCUCAUUGGCCAGGAGGUGUCUUAUGACCUGUUGGGCAGUAACUGCGAGCACUUUGUCACCUUGCUGCGCUACGGGGAGGGGGUAUCUGAGCAGGUCUCUCAAUCCUUCCAUCUCUCUUUCUCGCACUCUUCCUGUCUCUAUCUUCCUGUGUAUGCUCUGUAUUCUCUCUCUGUGUCUUCGCUGAUGCCCAAUCCCAAAUCGAUACCCAGCCACUCUCCAUAGGUUUCAGUGUACAAUCUUGAUUUGAUAAUAGUUUACCGGUAUUAUACCUUCUUACAGAUAUUGUGGUAUAAGCCACUAUGUUGUCUCCCUUUCCACCACCAUACACUUAUAAUUUCAUGAUACUAUAUUAGAUGUUAUUGUAUUCAAGUUACAAUUGUGUUUUUCCCGCGUCCACAGGCCACACGGGCCAUUGGAGCUAUCAGUUUGGUGACGGCUGCAGCAAGUGCCUUCUCUGUUCUUGGACUGAU